AUGUCAACCAACUUGCGUAAACUUACCAAGAAACGCAAUAAUUACAAGGCUUCAAUAAAUCAAAUCAACGAUUUUGUUAAAGCAUACAACUCAACUAUCCAAUCAACGCGUCAAGUGUCAACACGCCUAUCCAAAUUAAAUGAUUUAAUGGAUUCAUUUGCGAAGGUUCAAGAGGACAUCAUUGAACUUGAUGAAGGAGAAGAUGAUGAUGAUGAGUACUUAAAAUACCAAGAUAUUUAUUGUACGGUCAAAGCGAAUAUGGAGGACAUUAUAGCUAAGCAUGGCGUUCCUGAAGCUGCAGCUUCAACCAAUCUCUCUCGUUCAUCGGUGUGUGAUUCAAUAAGGUUGCCAACAAUUAAACCACCCGAGUUCAAUGGUAGUUUAGAAGACUGGGCCUCCUUUAUAGACACAUUUAAUGCCUUAUUUCAUAAUAACAGUUCAUUGAGCGACGUGCAACGACUGCAUUAUUUAAAAACCAGCGUUUCUGGUCCAGCUGCAGACAUCAUUAAAAACUUCACUAUUACUGCUGAAAAUUACACCGCAGCUUAUAAUGAAUUAGUGAGACAAUACGAAAACAAAUCCCUCACUAUACAGAGUCACAUACGUUCUUUAUUGCAAACUCCGAAGGUUCAAGUGCCCUCUGCUGUAGAGUUAAGGAAUCUUCAUCAUCACAUUUCAUCACAUGUUCGUGCCCUCAAGGCCCUUGGCCAGCCAGUUAUGAAUUGGGAUGCAUGGCUAGUGACCCUUAUUUGCAGUCAAUUGGAUUCCAUUACUGCGGGCGAGUGGCAACUGCGGCAGGAUGAAAAGGAAUUGCCCACUUAUGCUCAAAUUGAAUCAUUUUUAUCAAAGCGCGUUGCUGCUUAUGAAGCUGGCUUAAUCUCAAAUAAGGCUACGGAAGAAAAGGUUGUCCGUCCCAAGCAUACUCAGUACAAUAAUAAGGCUCUAUUUUCUCAGUCAUCUGAAGGCAAACAUAAAAAGUGUCCUGCAUGUUCUGGUCAACACAAUAUCUAUUCGUGUGAACACUUUAAGGAUAUGUCAAUAGCAGAUCGUAGGAAUUUUGUGUCUAAAGCCAGGCUGUGCUUCAACUGCCUUAAUUAUGGACACCAAGUCAAAGACUGUAAAUUUUCUGCAUGUCCAAAAUGCAACAAGCGACACAACUCAAAAUUACAUGAGGAGCAAGGUGUCGUUGUCAGCUUGGCCAAUCAACUUAAUCAAUCAACCAACAGUGAAGCAAAUGCAGUGCUGUGUGCUGAGUUGACCAAGCCUACAUCGUCAAUGCAUGUGAUGUUAGCCACUGCCAGUGUCUACGUCCAUGACAUAAAUGGUCGUCCACGGCUAUGCAGAGCAGUCCUGGACUCUGGCUCUCAACUGAAUCUGGUCACAUUAGCAUGUGUUAAAAGGUUGGGAUUUUCUUCCUCCCGUUCAACAUGCAACAUUGUGGGUGUUGGUGAAAUGGCUUCUAAAUCCCAAUGUCUACCUUUGACCUAUUUGUCGUCUCGCUUCGGAAGUCAUAAACGCAGCAUUCUACUUCAUUCGUUACCAACCAUAGUCAACUCCUUACCUGCUCAGACCAUCGACACUGAUGAUCUAAACAUUCCUGAGCACAUAAGAGACCAACUGGCUGAUCCGCAGUUCAAUGUUCCUGGUCCUAUCGAUAUUCUGGUUGGAACAGAAAUGUUCUUUGAUAUCCUAGGCGGUGAAAAAUGGCCACUUACUGUUGCAUCAUCAUUACAUAGCACAGAUUUUGGAUGGAUAGUCGUUGGAAAAUUGCCAAUUACAUCUCGUCAAACAGAGUAUCAAUCACUAUCCUUAACUGGAACUUCAUCAUUGUCUUUAUUCACAGUAACCAGUUCACAACCAGCAGCUGAGGAACAAGCUGAGAGACAUUUCGCGUCAACAGUUUCACGUGACAUCAAUGGUCGCUUCAUAGUGAAAUUACCAUUUGCACAAGACCCACAUGUCUUGGGAGAUUCUCGUCAAAUGGCUCAAAGACGAUUUUUUAACUUGGAACAACGUUUUUCCAAGGAGCCUGAUCUUGCGCAAAAGUAUAAAACAUUCAUGGCCGAGUAUCUCAGUAUGGACCACAUGGAGGUAGUAGAUCCAGCGUAUUCUGGUCCCGUCUACUACCUGCCCCAUCAUGCUGUACUCAAGGCGGAGAGUCUGACUACGAAGCUCAGAGUUGUAUUUGAUGGUUCUGCAGUAUCCAAAUCCGGCCUAUCAUUGAAUGAUAUAUUGCUUAAGGGACCGAAAACUCAGCCAGAUUUAAUUAAUAUAUUGUUGCGAUUUCGUGUGCAUCGAAUUGCUGUUACUGCCGACAUUGAGAAAAUGUACAGACAGAUACGUCUCUCAUCUGAAGAUUGCGAGCUUCAGCGCAUUUGUUAUCGUGCUAAUCCUAAUGAUCAAAUAACCGAAUAUAAAUUGAAGACUGUCACUUAUGGUACUAGAUCCGCUUCAUUCUUGUCAACUAGAUGCCUUGCUCAAAUUGCUCAUGAAACAACUGAUCUGUCAAUCAAGCGAAUUAUUUCUCAAGAUUUCUAUGUAGACGAUUUGAUUAGCGGUGGUGAUUCAAUUGAGGUAGUUACCGGCAUAUAUCAUCAACUACAGCACACUUUAGCUCAAUAUGGUUUACCUCUACGAAAAUGGUGUUCGAGUUCCAGUCAAUUUGUAGAUCACAUACCCAGAGAUCAAAGUGAUACAAACUUUGUCAUUAGUAUGAUUGAUACCGACACUGUAGCAACAUUAGGCCUGCUGUGGCAGCCAGCUACUGAUAACUUCUUGUUUAAUGUUGAGGACUGGUAUCCGCCGCCAAGAAUGACUAAACGAUCGUUACUUUCCGAUAUAAAUAGUGUGUUUGAUCCUGUUGGUUUAGUGUCUCCAGUGUUGAUUAAAGGAAAAAUUUUUAUCCAACAAUUAUGGGCUCUAAAAAUAAGUUGGGAUGAAGUUCUCUCUGAGGAUUUGCAAAACCGCUGGACCAAGUUCUAUUCUAGUUUGCGGCAGUUAAAUCUAAUAGCAGUUCCUAGAAGAGUAAUUGCAGAAGAUACAUCAAACAUUAAACUUCAUGUUUUUAGCGACGCAUCUCAGGAAGCGUAUGGAGCUUGUGCAUACAUAUGCUCACAAACUAGCAGUGGUAGCAGUGAAGCCAGGUUGUAUAUGUCAAAAUCAAGAGUAGCGCCUAUGAAGUCUACCACAAUCCCGAGGCUAGAGUUAAAUGGAGCUUUGUUGGCCGCAGAACUAGCAAGGGACAUUUGCGAAGAGCUCAAAUUAUUAAAUAUUGAAGUAGCACAUCACAGUGUAUUUCUAUGGUCAGACUCUGCUAUAGUGAUAGCCUGGAUUAAAAGUAAAUGCAACUUCCAACCGUAUGUGUCAAACCGAAUCGCUCGCAUUCAAGAUAUUUCCGAUCCUAAUCAAUGGCACCAUGUACCCACCAGGGAGAACCCAGCUGAUAUUGUUUCUCGGGGCAUGGAUGCAGCAGCUAUAUCCCAGUCAAUGUUGUGGUGGCAUGGACCGCAAUGGUUACAGCAAGAGCCAGCUUCAUGGCCCAGCUCUUACCAAGCGCCUGAAGAGCUGCCUGAAGUUCGUCCAGUAAAACUAAUAUUAGCUACAGCCAGCAAAGAUGACUCUUGGAUAUUGGGCCGAUAUUCAAAGUACAUGCAACUUAUACGCAUCACUGCAUUGAUAAUGCGGUUUGUAAAAAAUUGCAAAUUGUCAAAACGACAAUGCGAACGUAUAACUGGAUCACUGUCUGUUCAUGAGCUCAAUGUCUCUAGAGAAUUCUGGAUUCGAAAUAUUCAAGCAGCAGCUUAUUGUUCAGAGCUGAAGAAUUUAAAAUCCAAUUUGCCUGUUCAUCGGUCUAGCUGUUUAGUAAAGUUAAAUCCAUUUAUUGAUCCUAAUGGCAUAUUGCGGGUUGGAGGUCGCUUAGCUAACGCCCCAAUAAAAUAUGAUACAAAGUUUCCGAUUGUACUGCCACCAUCUUCAACUUUCACACAGUUACUAUUCAAGUAUGAACAUCUGAGGCUAUUACAUGUUGGCCCACAAGCUUUGCUGUCAUAUAUUCAAAUCAAUUAUUGGCCUAUCCGUGGACGUAAUAUUGCCACUCGUACUGUCCAUCAAUGCAUUCAAUGUUUCCGGGCCAAGCCAGGAUCUAUAACACCAUUUAUGGCUCCAUUGCCUCGACAGCGAACCACUAUUGAAAGGCCUUUUUCGCGGUGUGGUGUGGACUUCUGUGGUCCAAUGAUGAUCCGUAGUGGCAUUCGACGUGUUAAAAGUGUAAAGGCGUACAUCUCUGUAUUUGUAUGUUUGGUAACGCGGGCUGUUCAUUUAGAGCUGGUAUCGUCUCUCACCUCAGAUGCAUUCUUGGCUACACUUACUAGAUUCAUGUCGCGCAGAGGUCAAUGCAAACAUUUAUUUAGUGAUAAUGGUACCAAUUUUGUUGGUGCUAAUCGAAAACUUCUUGCUCAAAUUCAAGAAAUCGCUAAAACACAUGCAACAUCAGUAUUCCUCACAGAAAAAUCUAUACAAUGGCACUUCAUUCCUCCAGCAGCGCCUCAUUUUGGAGGCCUGUGGGAAGCUGCUGUCAAGUCUGCUAAACAACAUUUGACAAAGAUUUCAAUAAAUGCAACUUUCACCUAUGAAGAAGCUACAACAUUGUUGUGUGGAAUAGAAGGAGUAUUGAAUUCAAGACCUAUGACACCUCUAUCUAACGAUCCCUCAGACCUUCAGGCUCUAACGCCCGCCCAUUUUUUAAUAGGUGGAGUUAUCACGCUACCACCUGAGUCAGAUGUGUCUACCAUACCAAUGUCUAGACUCAAGCGUUUCAAAAUGGUACAAUCAUACAUGCAACAAUUUUGGAAAAGAUGGUCACGAGAGUACCUUCCACAACUGCAGCGCCGAGGCAGAUGGAUAAAGGUGACUCGAAACGUGCGAGUGGGUGACUUGUGUCUUCUUCAUCAAGAGAAUCUCCCGCCCACCAAAUGGGCUUUGGUCCGAGUACAAGAAGUACACCCUGGCCCCGAUGGAACAGUUCGAGUGGUCACCUUGCGCAAUUCAUCGGGCACUACUUUUCAACGUCCUGUAGUUAAACUGUCUUUACUUCCAACAGAAGAAGAUGAAACUGAAAUCCUACCAGAGCCCAUUCAAUAG